CAGAGCUACGUAUGCUUGCAUGCGUCACUUGAGUUUGCGUCAUGACUAACCCUUCCCCUCUAUAUAUUGAAGCAAAAGUUGCUACCUUGAUAGAUAUAGAUUCAGCAUCAUAUCAGAGCAAUAAAAGAAAGAUGAGUGCAUGGAUCGGCGCAACAGAGCUUUCAAUUACAUGGAUGGACACUCCGGAACAUUAUUGGACAUGGAAUUAUCUUCAUGAACCUAGAUGUGACGUGGCUGAGCUUCAUCGCGUUUGUUGGCUUAACGUCGUUGGAAAGAUAAGCUCAAAACAACUUACUCGAAAGACUAGUUAUGCGGCAUAUCUAGUGUUCAAGUUAAAUGAUCAACAACAUAACCUUGAACGAGCCAUUGCAUCAGUGAGAUUUGUUAAGGAAAAGGCGAGGAGGCAACGAUGGUGAGGGCUACGCUUUUUUCAUCUCAAAGGCAAAGGAACAUGGAGAACAUGGCAUAUUCCACACCUUCGAACCGAUGAUGAGUGGAUGGAAAUAAAAGGCGGGUGAAUUUUUCAACAACUUAGAGAAGAUGGCGAAAUUGAAAUGAGGUUGAUGGAAACCAAGAACGAUAAAUGGAAAUACGGUCUCAUUGUUAAGGGCAUUGACAUUCGUCCAAAUUAAUUAUCGAGGAUCGUUGAUAUUAUAGACCUAAUUACGCAUGGAUAUAUCUAUAGCCAGUGGGACCUUUAUUUCUAUUUUGCGUGUUUUUUUGUCCUUUUCUAUUGUUUUCAUGUUUUAUCAAUUGUACUCUCUCUCUCUAUGCUUGCUAAGAGAGUGAGCAGCUUGUUGUACGUUUGGUUGAUCUUUUGUACCUCAUUUCUAAGUCAAAAUAAGAGGUUCUGUGAUUUUUACUA